CCCUCUCGCCUCUCGCUUCUGCCCUUAACUCACGCCUCCCCCCUCUCUCCGUUCGACUUGCGCCCGGGGGCCACGAACACUUGCGCAUCUAGACACACACACACACACAUAGACCACACCUCUUCCUCCUCCUCCUCCCCCCCCCCCUCCUCCUCUCUUGUGACACAUGUCUUCGCCGCCGGUGGGCGACGGCCAGUCAUCGCUGGCCAGCCAGCGUGCGUCGGCCGCUGUGUCCGGCGCCUACAGGGCCGUGGUCGGCUGGCUGCCGCCCUCCAUCCAACGGAACAUCCCGCCGGAGCUUCCCCUGCUUGAUCCCUCGGGCCCCUCGUCCCCGGGCCCCGACUCGGAUGUGGACAUGGGCUUCGGGGGCCAUGGGCGAUCGGGGUCGCGCGCUGGCCGGGCCCCGCAGCCCGGCGACCCGACCACCGCCCACUGGAUUGACGAGUCCCUGACCCUGGGCCGGUGCCUGGGCUGCGCGCGGAAGCUCACCCUCGGGGUGAAUCUCGGACGCGUGGGCAUGGGCGUCGGCCGCCACCAUUGCCGACACUGUGGCGGUGUCUUCUGCGCUGCCUGCUCGGACUAUGCGCUGCCUCUGAAUGAGGAGGGGCAUAUGCUGCCGAGCAGCGAGUCCUUCGCACAGCCGGGCCGGCGCCUGCACCGGGCCUGCUACGAUUGCUCGCGCAAGCACCAUGAGCUGCUUCGGUCGGGCGGAACCGGGCGCGGCGAGUCCGGCACCGACUCGCCGGUGACGGGCUCCCCCUCGGGCCUCGCGUCCCCCCGAAGCGUGGGCCUCAUCGUCGAAGAUGCCGAGGAUGCCGAGCCGCCACCUGUGCGCAAGCUGACGGCGGCCUUCAAGAAAUCCCGCAAAACCUACCAGGACCAGCUGAAGUUGGACGCGGCGCGGGCGCUCACCCGGGCCGAGCGCGCCGCCCAGCAUGUUGUCCAACAUGGAGGUGCCUUUCCGCCGAUCCCCUCCCUUCUCUCCGGGCCCGGGCCCUUCCCAUGCUCGAAUUGCUCGACCCCCCUGCGCCUGCCGGCCGAGCAUCCACACUCUCGGUCGGCCGCCUCGAGCGCCGCCUCGCAGCUGGAACGCGCGUCCACCUCCUUCCUGAGGUUUAUGUCCAUGUCGAUCACCGGCAGUGGCGGCGGCGGCGGCGGCGGCGGGGGGGACAAUCCGUCGGCCGAGGGCGCCGCGGCCCCGAACCCGGGUGCUGACCCCCUGCCCGAGGCGGCCGUCGGCGAGUGUUGCUGGCUCUGCGGGGCGGUCUCCUGCGGCGAUGCGGUGGAAGCGGCCCAGGAGCCGGGUGCCGCCUCGGGGGAGGGAAAUGCCCCGUCCGGGCCCCGGGGCGCGGUGCUUGUCCGCUCGCGCUGCCACACGGUGGCCUCCAUCUCCUGCCUGGAGUCGGCCACCCCCCAGAGCGGCCCGGGUGGCAUCCCCCUCCGGCCGGGGGCCGUGCUGAAUGAGGUGUUCAAUGAGCACGGGGCCCCGGUGCCGGCGCCCCAGCGGGCCUGCCUGAAGAUGUGCACCCCCUGCCGGGACCUGAUCAUGAUCCAUGUAAUCGGCCUGCGGAAGGCGGAGAAUUUGCGCGCCCGGCGCAUCGGCGCAGACCCGGCCACGGCCUCGGCCCCGGCCGCCGACAGUGCCACCCGGGUGGAGCUCUUCGUUCCCAGCUGGGACGGUCGCCGGUCGCCCGAGGUGUCGGUGUACCUGCGUCUGCGCGCCUUGCGCCUGCAACUGGAGCGCGACAGUGCCAUAUACAAUGACAUGGUGAAUCGGCUGUUUGGACCGGACCCGGUGGAGAAGGAUCCGGAGUCGGAAUUCGCCUCCCUGCCGCCGGCGGCCCAGCGUGCUCGGCUGUAUGACCGGGCCCAGGAACUUCGGGCCAAAUUGGCCGAGAGCUAUUUGCGUCUGGACGCCACGGCAAAAAAGCUUCGGGAAGCCCCGCUGGAGACCGUCAGCCCGACGCUGGCCGUUGUCCAUGCGAAUAUGAUCCGCGCCACUGGGCUCUACGUGCAGGAGAACAUGAUCCCGAUGAGGUCGAUCCCGCCGUCGCUCCGCCGCAUGGCCGGGGAGCCGGGCGACACGGCGGGCCCCGGGGCCCCGGGCGGUGGCCCUGGCCAGGCGCCUGCCGCGGCGCCGGUUCUCGGCGCCUCGACCCGACGGUGGGUGCUGCUUCUGCCGUCGGACGCCCCGCCGGCCGGGGCCCGGGAAAUGGACACCCUGCCCGGGGUGCUGACCAACGGGGUGGAUAUCUUCAUCCGGGUGCCGGCCACGCUGGAGGGGGAGGCCCUCUUCGAGAAGCGGGAGGUCUUUGUGCAGCAGAUCCUCAAGGUGGAUGGCUGGCUUCGUGAGCGCCGGGCCGCGCUGUCGCUGUCGUCUGGCGGCGGUGGUGGUGGUGGGGCCGGCGGCCCGGAGGGGGGCGACUCCCCCGGCGGGAGCGGCGCCCUAACCUGGGAACGCAGCGAGGAGGAGAUGUCCUUGCUGAAGGCCAAGCUGGCGCUGGUGGCCGAGAUUGCUCGGCACCAUGCUCAACUCCGGGCGCUGGCGCUGCGGGAGGUCUUGGCCGACGCCCCGCCGGGCGAGGCUGGCUCCGGUGGUCUGUCGCGUCUGCGUACGCGCUCCCGGCGCGGCUAGCCCCGGGCGCUCGUGCGUGCGUGCGUGUGUGCGGCCGUCCCCCCUUGUUUCUUGCGAAAUACACGUACAUGUGGAUGGCCGUCGGCCGGUCUGUCGGUGUGAGCAUCUCGCCUCGUCGCAUCAAGCUACGACCCGGCAAGCAGGGGCCGAAAGCAGUCCGCCCUGACCGCACGCCCAACAGGCGGGCUGGACCCCGAAAAAAAAAAAGCAUAGAAGCGAGAUGGACAUUCACAAAACACGGGUG